AAGGGGCAAGAGCCAGAGUGCGAAACGCGGAACCCAAACCAGGCGGCCCCCGGAUUUGAAAACUCACGAGGGAAGGGAGCCAGCCAUUUGCCUCGAACCCCGCGGGGAAUCCCCAUGCGGAAAAAACGCCAGGAGCGGCCUCCCCGCGCCUCCCACCCGGCGCCUGCCACCUUGCGCCCGCGCGGUUGGCCGCGCCCGCGCGCCCUCGGCAUCUCCCCGUCGGGCGCUGGCUCCCCACCUGCGCCCAUUUCAGAGCUCGCCCGCCACUUGGCGCCGCGCCCCCGUCUCCGCCCACCCAUCCCGCCCAUAAAUGCGCCCCGCGCUGCCCCAACCCUAGCCGCCUUGACCUCCCCCUCCUCCCCCCGGCCCGCCGGCAUGGCCGCCAUCAGCAGCAGCAGCAGCAGCAGCAAGCGCCGCCCCCCCUCCGCGUCCACCGCCUCCUCCUCCUCCGGCGACGGGAUCGGCGAGUACCGGCCGCAGCUCGUCACCCGGAAGCGGAGGUCCGGCGGGCGCGGGCCCCGCGGCGGCGUCCGGUGGAUGCCGGCGAUCCGACCAGUAAAUGAGCUGGAUUUAAAUAGAGUUGCUCUAGAUCCAAAUCAUCAAGUGGCUGGGUUGCGAGUUAUUCUGCAGAAGGAGCUCCGUAAUAGUGACAUAAGCCAGCUUGGGAGAAUUGUUCUCCCGAAGAAAGAGUCGGAGGCUUACCUCCCAAUUCUGACAUCAAAGGAUGGCAGAAGUCUACGCAUGCAUGAUUUGCUAAAUGCACAACUGUGGACAUUCAAGUACAGAUACUGGCCCAACAACAAGAGCAGGAUGUAUGUACUUGAGAAUACUGGGGAUUAUGUCCGAACCCAUAACCUUCGAGUGGGAGACUUCAUCAUGAUAUACAAAGACGAUGACAAAAACCGAUUUGUCAUCCGAGCAAAGAAGGCGGGAGAUGAUCUAGUUGCUUCUUUGCCACAAUUCCACGAGCAUAUCUCUUCCAUUCUGCCAAUUCCAGAAGUUGGUGACUAUGUGUCUCUAAUCCCACCACCAGCUGACAUCUCUGCCUUUGCGCCACAAGCUGAUGAGAAUUACGAGAUGUUCGAUGGGAUUUUCAACUCUCUACCAGAGAUACCGGUAGCCAAUGUGAGGUACUCAGACUUCUUCGACCCAUUCAGUGAUUGUAUGGACAUGUCGAAUCCCGGCCUGAACGCCAACAACUCAGCUAACCUUGCCAGUCAUUUCCAUGAUGAGAGGACUGGGCUUUCUUUGUUUCCCAACCCAAAGUCUGGGCCUCUGAUGUGAGAACCAGCAAAACUGCUGGCUCCUAGCAUACUACCCUACAUGAAGUUCAGAGUCACCAGCCUUGACGCCGUAGCUGUACAUCCAAAUAAUUGGUGUCCUCAUUUUGUAUUGUACUGUAUAUGCUUAACUGUUGCUUAUGUGUAGAAGGUUUCGAUUUCUGCUUUUAACUUGAAGGUUUCAUCAGACGCAAAUGCUAUAACCGUGUUCAGUUCAGUGCACGAGUGUUGUUCUGAUAUUUUCAAGCUUCUGAACGUGCAAAUACAAAGACGAAAGAUG